AUGGUUCGCUCGUUGUUUUCAUUCGCCCUGCUUGGCGCCCAGGCCUUGGUCAACGCCGCCGCCGAGGUUGAAACCCGCACCAUCGACGAGAUCUACCAAGCCGCUCUCGCCGAGGGCGGUAUCGUCACCCUGUGGCACGGCGGCGACGAGGCCACCCAGCAGAACUCGCUCAAGGCCAACUUCGAGAAGAAGUUCCCUGGCGUCACCCUCAACGUCACCGUCGACCUCUCCAAGUACCACGACGGCCGCCUCGACCAACAGAUCGCCGAGGACAACGUCUACGUCGACAGCAUCAUCCUGCAGACCCUCCACGACUUCCCCCGCUGGGCUUCCGAGGGUGCCCUCCUGGACUAUGCGCCUCUAGGCCACGACCAGAUCCUCCCCGAGUUCAAGAGCAAUGAGACAGCCGCUUACUACGGCCUCUUCAUCAUCGCCUGGGUCAACCAAUGGCACUCGGGCAAGCUUCCCAACGUCGCCCCUGUCGAGUGGGAGGACUGGGUCAAGCCCGAGUUUAAGGACAAGCUCGUCCUGACCUACCCCAACGACGACGAUGCGGUCCUCUUUGCCUUUGACCUCAUCAUCAAGCAGUACGGCACCGCCUGGCUCGACAAGCUUCUCGCCCUGAACCCCCGCUGGGUCCGCGGCACGCAGACGCCUCGCACCAUCUACGCCAAGAACGACACCCAGUGGGCCGCUACCUUCACCUCCUCCGGCAGCGUGAACCCGGUCUCCCCAACCAAGAUCGCCCUCCCCGUCGAGGGCAAGUUCGUCUCGUGGCCCCAGACCGGCGGCAUCCUCAAGAACGCCCCCCACCCGGAGGGCGCCAAGCUCCUGCACGCCUACAUCCUCAGCACGGAGUUCCAGCAGCUUCGCGGCGGCUGGAGCGUCCGCGGCGACGUCGCUCCCCCGGCUAACUUCCCUGCCAUCCUCGACGUGCCCGGCACAGAUCCCACGGCGUUCGGCAAGUGGAUGUCGGACCGCGCGGCUGUCGAGAGGUUCCGCUUCUGGCUGGAGGACCGCCUUGGCACUGCUCAGGGUCUUAGCCCCAUCAUCGAUGAUCUUUGA